AUGGCUAAGGAUAUAUCUCCCUUCCAAAGUGCAUCCUCUAAAAUGCCUGCACUUACCCUAUCGCCUGGUCAACUUUUCAUCCAAUCUCAAGAUCUCGACCUCUCCGGCCAAACAGUUAUUAUAACUGGCGCCAAUAAUGGUAUCGGCUUCACAUGUGCCAAACUCCUCCUCCAGAAUAGGUUAAGCCAUCUCAUCAUUGCGGUGCGUUCUGAAGACAAGGGCAACGCUGCUGCUGAGAAACUCCAUCGUUCAUCAGAUUCGAAUAAUCCCCAGAUUGACGUCUGGAAGCUGGAUAUGGGAAGUUACAGCUCGGUUGAAGACUUUGCAAAGCGUUGCGAGACUCUGCCUAGGAUUGACUUUGUCAUUCUCAACGCUGGUAUGGGCGGUACAACCUUUCACAUCAAUAAGGCAACUGGUCAUGAAGAGACUAUGCAGGUCAACUUUCUGUCCACAAUGUACCUCUCUGUUGUUCUCUUGCCUAUGCUCAAGAGCAAGGCCCCAGCGUCGAAAGCAGGGCGUCUCACGAUUGUCAGCUCUGGGACGGCCAUGCACUGCGAAUUGCCCGAGGCCAAAGCAGACCAUACCACCACAGCUCUGGACUCAGAAGCCAACUUUGAUGGCAUGGGGCACUAUGCCAAGUCUAAACUUCUCGGUCAACUCUUCAUCGACAAACUAUCUCAACACAUUGACCCAAGUGAUGUUAUCAUCAACCUUGUUGACCCCGGCCUGACUAAGGGCACGGGAUUGAUGGACAAAAGCUCUGGGCUCAUGAAGAUCGCCAUGGCCAUGGGAACUCGGAUAGUCGGCCGUACAACGGAACAAGCGGCCUCAGCAUACAUUGAUGCUGCGGUUCUGAAAGGAGAGGAAUCUCAUGGGUCGUAUAUCAUGGAUUGGAAGAUUUGCCCAGCAUCUCCUCAUCUCAUAUUCAUCAUGAACAAAGUCAUAUCAGGCUCCAGUGCUCUUGUCGUCGGUGGUACCAGCGGUAUCGGCUACGCAAUAGCCAAGCGUCUGGCAACAUCUCCUCAGUAUCAAUUCUCAGCAAUCACUAUUGUCGGUCGGACAAAACCUCAAGUCAUGCCAGCUGAGAAAGUCUCCUUUCGCUCUGUCGACGCAACCUCCAUGCACGCCUUGAAACAGUUUGCGCAAGAGUUCCGAAGCAACAGCCAGAACAAUACUCUUGAUUUGCUAGUAAUGACGCAGGGAAUCAUGUCAUUCGCCGGACGGACGGAAACAUCCGAAGGCAUUGACAGAAAGAUGGCGUUGCACUACUAUGGCCGUCAACUGUUAAUCCGAGAGCUGAGUCCAAUUUUGAGUAAAGAUGCGAAAGUUCUCCUCGUUUUGGACGGACUCAAUGGCAAUCCUGAGAAGUUGAACUGGGAUGAUCUCGAUCUCAAGGAAACCUUCAGUCUCGCUCACGCAGCGAAUCACUGCAUCUGCAUGAAUGACGCCAUGGUGCAGCAUCACGCUUUCCAAAACGAAAGUACCAAGCAAUUUUUCGCGCACGGAUAUCCGGGAGUCGUAAACACUGCUACGCCGAAGAACUCAGCUUGGUAUUUCCGAGCUGUGUCAAAGGUCGCUUCGAGAUUGGUUGGUAUGCAGCCUGAGCAGUGUGCUGAGAGACAACUUGAUGGACUGUAUAAAGCUGCUGAAGAGGUUGAAGCAAAAGGCGUAUCGUGGGCUUGUUUGGACAAUCAUGGGAGGGUAAUUGAGGGGAAGAAAGAGUGGAGUAAGGAGGAGAGGAGGAAGAUUGCUGAUCAUACCUGGGCUCUUGUUGAUCACGCAUGA